GGCUACGUUGUAUCGCCUGUCGUGCGUUGGAUGCAGUAAUCUGGGGAGUGUGGACUCGAGAGCGGUGGUGUAUCAAACAAUAAUGCAAUAUGAAUCCAAGACAUUCGAAGAAAAAGCGAAAAGCUAGUUGCACUUCCCUUGUAGCAUCUUUAUCAUGGAUUAAGGAGGAAGCUCAGGAAGACUUGGGGCUACAUUUUGAAUCAUUGAAACAAAUUCCGAAUGAGGUGUCUGAGCAUGUAAAACUGUUGGACGCUGAGGAGGUUGACUUGGACCAAAGCAACAUGAUGAAUACAAAAUCUAAUAAUUGCAAAAGAAGCAGAAACUUAAAGAAGAUUCAAAUUAUAUCCCCCAAUGAGAAGAAGGAACAAUUUGAGAGGGCUGUGAUUCAUCUAACUGAAGGGGUCACUGAAGACAACAGAGAAAGCUCACCAAAGAAGAAGCACAAGAAAAACAAGAAGAGUAAGGAAAAAUCUAAAAGCAAAGAGAAGUGCAGCCAAAAGAAAGAACUGCAAAAACUAGAAAAACUUUGGCAGCAGUGGACUCCGAAGCCUCUCCCUGAAUCCACUGCAUCAGCUAAAGUGAAAAAGAAAAAAUGCCAUCUGAAGGAUUGCACUUCAGUCAGAGUUAGUGAUGCAAAUCAUCUAGGAAUGAAGCACAAGGAACAGAAGGAGAAAGACAAAGCCACUGAAGCAGUUAAUGAUCUUCAGGUUAAAAAUAAAAUGACCUGUAAGUACUUGUGCCUCCCAGCUUCUCAGGAAAAUGUUUGCAGCUCAGUAGAUGAUAAAGAAGAGCAGCAGGAUGAAGGAACUCAUAGACACUGGGAAGAAGCUUCAUGUAUCAAAAUGAUAGCCCAGGAGACUUCGAGAAAGGGAGGAUUACCUGGCAGCCUUCAUUAUGGAAGUCGUAACCCUUUUCGUUUAUCCUGUGCCAACACUUCCACACCAACAGUACCUCUUGAUGCGUCAUUGCUCACACAUCUUAGGUGCUUAAAGUCAUCUCCUAGCAAUCCAACUAGAGUCCAUGAAAAUAGCGAACCUAUUUGCCUGAAGACCAGUAAGGAUGACCAGGUGAUGAAAACAAGUCCUGAGUUGAUUGAGGAUUUUGGCAAUAGCCAAGACCUCUUUAUUACACAAAAGAAAUUCCUACCCUUUGUGCAAUCUAACAGUAACAGCAGUUAUUCAGUGGAAGAGAUGGCAAGCGAAGAAUGUGCCAAGCAGCUGAGGUCUCUGGAUGGAAGGCAGUUGCGAUUCUGCUCCCCUCCACACACAAAGGUGAUUGAUUUAUGUUGCUCCGGAUUGAAGUCACCCAAAAGCAGAUCAGCUGAGAAAGGAACACAAACAGAUGACUUCUUCAGCUCACCAGCAUUUGCUACUUCUGUUUUAUUCUGCCAAAAGCUGAAAAAGGAGCAGAGCUUUGAAGAGCCACUUGACCUUAGUCUUCCUUCCAGACUAAGAACCAAGAAUAGCACUGAUUUAAAAAACAUACUUAAUGCUUCAUAUAUCCAAGAAAAUAGCAUCAAUCCAUCUUACCAACAUAUUGCAUUGCCUCUUUCCUCACCUGAGGGCCAACAUGCUUGUCAACUACUGAGAUUCUUACCAUAUUCAGAUGGUAAGAAACACAACAGAAGAUACUAUGAUGGGAAAUUUGUGCAAACUUUUCUGAACCAGUCUUACUUUUUUAAGGUCAAAGGGCAGGGAAAACCCAAAAACCCCCGGAUGCCAUUGCUUAAAAAAAAUGGAAAAAAGCAAAGGAACUGAAAAGUGAUGUAAUUGAUCACAGCUCGAGUUCACAAUGUCAUGAAUAUUUGAUCUGCUUUGUCACAAAGAAGAUUAAAGUUUAAAUUAUGAUGAAAUAUCAUCAACCUGAAACAUUAACUCUGUUUCUCUCCACAGAUGGUGCCUGAUCUGCUGCGGUUUCCAAUCGUUUUUUGGUUUUUAUUACAAAUUUCCAGUAUCUACAGUGGUUUAGUUUUUGUUAAAGUUUCUAUUAUUCCUUUGAAUCCAAACAGUCAGAAUGGAGCAAUGCAUCUCUUGAAACUAAUGGGGGAUUUGUGUCACCUUUCAAGCUGGCCAGUCCCUCGGACAAUUCUUCUUUCACUGCAAGAAGCCCUGAGCUUAUAUGAAGUAUUUUUCUAUAGUGAUUAAUCCGACGGACAUGCAGCUCAGUAGAGUACCAAUUCAUAUUGGCAAAGAGUGUCAGAAGGCUGCAAUGAGAUUCACAUGAAAUAAUUUGAAACAGUGAGACUCCAUUUUAUAAUCAUCAACUUAAGUUAAAAACAGCCUUUAAUUCACUUUCUGACACAUUUUUGAAAUGUUUGCAGAGAAUAUGGAGUUUAUACAAUUGAAUGUUUCAUAUUUACUUCAAUGUUCCAGUACUUUAUUUUGUAUUUGCGAAAGCAUACUGGAUAUUGUACUGAUUGCCAGCCACAGUGAGAUAGUGUGAUGGAGUGAUUGUGUCACAGGCAGUCAGAUCUAGAUGUUGUUGGGAUGUUACAUAAUAGUGCACGUGGUAUUCCAAUUGUACAAUGGUUGGCUGAUGUUCUUGUUUAAAGUUUAGUGAAAAUGAACUGUGGUAGCUGUAUUUUGUUUUCAACGAAGGAGAAACUUGGAAUAGUGGCAGUAUUCAGUGAGUAGUACGACACUACUGAGUCAGAAGGGCAAGGGUUCAAGCUCCACUACACAGAUGUAAGUAAAAACCCAUGCAGACAUUCCAGAGGUACUACUGAAGGUAUACUGACAGCUGAAGUCAACAGUUUGGAGGCUGCUGUUGUAAUUAGAGUUAUUUCUAUAGCAUUUCUUAAUAUAUUUAACUUUGCUUGAAUGCUUUAUUUUACUUUUAAAAAAUCAAAGCAUCUCCAUCAAUUAUUCCUUUGUAGUGUGACUUGAACUAACAACCUUCUGAUUUCUUUGUGAGAACUCCAUUCCAUAUACCACAGUAUAUGUAACAAACAAAAUUUCAAAGCAACAGCAAUUAAAUUAUUUAAAAUUACAUUCAGCAUCCGGCUUAUUUCCUAUUAAUUAAAAAUUGUUUCCAAAUAGAUGUCACAUCUUUUAAGAUUGUAACACAAUUGCAUGACACAGAACACUAAAUUCAUGCAAGUAUAUCUACAAAAGAUCCAAGUUGAUCAAAUUUGAAGGAGGCUAAAGGAGCAAUGAGUAAACCUUAAACCAGCACCACCUCUCUGGGUUAAAGGAUUCCAAAGAUUCAGUCUUUUAAGUAAGGAAAUAAAAUUCUCAUCCACCCCUGAUAAAAUAAUACACUCUGGACUCAUCCACAAAAGGAAACAUCCUUUCUGUGUCCACCUUGACAAGACCAUUCAGGAUCUCGUAAACUUUAAUGAAGUUGCACAUCACUCUUCUAACACUAGUGGAAAUAAGCCUAACCUGCUCAAACUAUCCACAAAUGACAACUCACUCAUUCUAGGUAUCAAUCCAGGAAGCUUUUAAAGCCUUCAACACAUGUGUAUCAUUUAUUAAACAAAGAGACCAAAACCGCAAAUAUUAUUUGAGAUGUUGUCUCACCAAUAUCUUGUUUAGUUGAAGCAUAACAUCCAUAUCUUUAUGUUCAAUAUCUCUUGCAAUAAAGGAUAGCAUUCCAGUACACUUCCUGAAUACAUGCUAUACCACAUAAUAUUUUGUGACUAGUACUGCAUCCCUCUUCCCCAUGGGAUUCCACAAUUGUUCUUCAUUUAAGGAAUAUUGUACUUUUCCAUUCUUCCUGCCACAACUGCAAAUUAUACUCCAUCUGUCAGAUUGCUGCCCAUUCAUUCAACAUAUCUAUGUCAAUCAUAGUAUACUUUCCUACCUAUCUUUGAGCCAUCUGCGAAUUGAGCCACUAUGACUUUAGUCCCCUCAUCUAAAUCUUCGUAAAUUGUAAAAGGUUGAGGGCCUAGCAAAGGCCCCUGUGAUUCUCUGCUCAUCACAUCCUGCCAAUCAGGAAAAUGCCCAUUUAUGCAUCCUGAUUACUGCUAGCUUACCAAUCUGAUCUACACCAUGAGCUUUUAUUUCCGACAAUAUCCAUUGAUGCAGGACCUGAUUAAACCUAUUCUGGAAAUCCAAGUACAGUAUGUCUACAGGCUGUCUUUCAUCCACAACAAAACUCCUUCAAGGAAUAAAUUUAUGAAACUAUAAUUUCACUUUCACAAAACCAUACUGAUACUUCCUCAUUAUUUUGAGUUUUUCUAUAUGCCCAGGUACAACCUCAAACACCUCACCAAUGACAGACAUAAAACUAACUGGCCUAUUGUUUUCUGCUUCCAUUCUUUCUUGAAUAGAGGGAUUACAUUUGCCACUUUCUAUCCUGAUCGAUCCUUUCUUGAACGUGGUGAAUUUUUUAAAAAAAUUUGAUACCAUAACAUCUACUUCUUCAUUAGCCACAUCUCUUAAGACCCUAGAAUGAAAUCCAUCAAGAUUUGGAAACUUGCCAACUUGCAGCUCUAUCAGAUUGCUUCUUGCAGCUUCUUUAAUGAUUGUAAUUUCCAUACAUUCCUCUCCUUUUUACCUGCAAAUUUACAGCAUUUACUGGUAUGUUGUUUGUAUCAUCUGUGGUGAAGAUGGAAGCAAUAUAUUUUUCAUUUCAUCUGCUAUUUCCUUAUUGUUGACUAUUAAGUUCCCAUUCUCAGUCUAGAGUGAACUGACACUCACUUUAUUUACCUCUUACUCUUAAUACCUUUAUUACAUUGCUGGCUAGCUUCCUCUCUUAUUCUCAUUUUUUCCUUCAAAUUAAUCUUUAAGUUAUUAUCUGUCAUUCUUCAUACUCUGACCAUUCAUCUGACUUCUCAUUGAUGUUUGGUUAUAUGCUUUUUCCUCCAUUUUGAUGCUUUCCUCAAUUUUCCUUAAGGUCGAUCCUUAAAAAUGUUUCCUUUUUUUGUAGGAAUAUACACAUUAAAUAUUCUAAAGUAUCUUCUUAAGUGGCAGUCACUGCAUCUCUAUUGAUCUAUCCCUUAGGCAAGUAUGUCAAUUCUCUUCAGCAAGUUCAAUAUUAACGCCGAUAGAGUUGCCCUUAUUUAAAAGACUAGACUUUGAAUAAAUCUUCUCCUGUCAAAUGGGAUAUAAAAUUCAAUCACUUUAUGGUUGCUGUUGCCUAGAAGUGCCUAAAUCUGAGGUCAUUUAUUAAUUCUGUUCUGAAGAAGAGUCACUGGGACCUGAAACAUUGACUCUACUUUGUCUCCACAGAUGUUGCCAGACCUGUUGACAUUCUCCAGCAAUUUCCAGCAUCCGCGGUUCUUUGUUUCUUCAUAAUUAAUUAAUCCUGUGCCAUUACACAAUACCAAGUCUAGUGUAACCUGUUCUUUGGUUGGUUCUAGAAUAUGUUGCUCGAAGAAACUAUCUCAGGCACUCUGAGCUCCUCAUCAUAGCUACUACUGUCAUUCUGAGUUCUCCAAUUUAUAUGCAGAUUAAAGUCACCCAUGAUUAAUGAUGUCUCUUUGUCACAAGAACUCAAUAUUUGUUCUUGUAUACUUUGUCCCACUGUGUUUACUGUAGGGGCCACUAAUGACUGAUUCUCCCUUCUAUUUCUCAUCCUCACCCAAACUGAUUCAACAUGCUGAUCCCUUGAACCAAGUUCAUUUGUAACCAUUGCAUAAAUAAAAUCUAGUUUUCCACUCUCCUAGAUGUCAUUUACAUCUCUGUAGUCAGGGCCCAUUCCUUGUCAUUAUCCAACCAUAUCUCCAUAAUAGCUAUCAGAUCAUACUUAUAUACUUUGUUCAAUAUCAAUUCAUUUAUAAACACUAUGCGCAUUCAGAUACAGAGACCUUAGUUUUACAUUUUUGUUAUCUUUGUAAAUUCUCUUUUGCUUGUGUCUUCUUGAGUUUUAUCUGUCUGUCCCUUGCUGCUAUUUUUUGAACUUCAUUUUCCAUUUAAUUCUUCUCCUCCUGUAUAAACCUUUGUACAUGACAUUUUUCCACAUUUGAUCCUUUGUCCCAACUAUUUAGAUUAAAAUCAUCUCUAUUUCUCUAAUUUAUAUAGUUUGCAAAAACACUGGUCCCAGCACAGUUUCAGAGCAGACCGUCCCAAUGGUUUAAACCCACAUUUUCUGCAGUACUGGUGUCAGUACCCAUAAGCUGAACCCAUCUCUCCCACACCAUUCUUUGAUUCAGGUAUUAAUCUCUCAUUUUUUUGUAUCCUUUUGCCAAUUUACAGUGGGUCAGAUAAUAAUCUGGAGGUUAUAACUUUUGAGAGUCUGCUUUUAAAUUUUGUUUUUAGUCUCAUAAUCUCUAUGCAGAAUCUCUUCCCAGUUCUCCUUUGAUGUCAACACCAACAUGGACCACCAGAACUAGAUCUCCCCUUCCCAUUGUAGGUUCCUCUCCAAACCUGAGCAUCGAGGGCCUGUACUGCACUGAAAUGUUCUAUGUCCCUAACCCUGGUAUCAAGCUGGUAACACAACUGUCUGGACUCUUUGAGCUUUAGCUUUCACCCCAGCUUGAUCAGUUUCUUCUGAUAGGAUCACUUUUGACAAAAGCAAAAACUUGUACUCAUGUAGUUUCCAAAACCUCCAGUAGUGCAGAAUAAAUGUGCCAUAAUAUUGAAAGCACCAAAUCUUGUGUUAAGUGGCACACUUGUAUGACAUAUUUUUGUCACACAAAAAAAAUAAUAAUUAUUAGAGCCAUGCUCUUCUGACCUAGAGCCAGAGGUUUCAAAUACUUUUUGUAUCCAAAAGUGCACUUAAAACUGAACUUUUUUUUUCUCCAUCGCCAAA